GCACUUCACACGCACCAUCAAACACCAAGGUUAACAUCACAGCGUGCAAUUCUGUGCAGUUUUCAUUCAUUGUCAGUUAAAAACGAAUCAUUUUAAAAUGCAUAUUCAAAAAGUUUUAGUCGCGGAUGCUGUUGAUAAAGCAUGUGUAGAUUUGUUAAAGGCUAAUUCAAUUCAAGUUGAUUGCAAAUAUAAAUUAUCGAAAGAAGAAUUAAUUAAAGAAGUUCAAAAUUACGAUGGGUUAAUCGUAAGAUCUGAUACGAAAGUUACUCAAGAAGUUAUAAAUGCGGGAAAUAGGUUAAAGGUUGUAGGAAGAGCCGGUGCAGGAGUCGAUAAUAUUGAUAUUCCGGCAGCUACAGCGAAAAAUAUCAUCGUUUUAAAUACACCAGGUGGAAAUGCAAUAAGUGCAUGCGAAUUAACUUGUGCUCUCAUCACAAAUUUAGCCAGAAAUGUAUACCCAGCUUCUGAAAGUUUAAAAGCCGGAAAAUGGGAUAGAAAACUCUACACCGGACACGAAUUAUACGGAAAAACUUUGGCGAUUAUCGGUUUAGGAAGAAUCGGGAAAGAAGUUGCGAUCAGAAUGCAAUCAUGGGGAAUGAAAACAAUAGGAUUUGAUCCUAUCGUUUCCGCAGAAGACGCAUCAAAAUUUAACGUGCAGCACUUACCUUUAAAAGAAAUUUGGCCCCAAGCGGAUUAUGUAACAGUUCAUGUCCCAUUAAUUCCACAAACAAGAAAUAUGAUUAACAAACAAGUUUUCGAUACCUGCAAAAAAGGAAUGAGAGUUGUAAACGUAGCUCGAGGUGGAAUAAUCGACGAAAAAGAUUUAUUACAAGCUUUAAAUGAUGGGAGAUGUGGAGGAGCUGCUUUGGAUGUGUACGAACAAGAACCACCAACAGAUCCUGUAACGUUACAAGUUAUUAAACACCCUAAAGUCGUAGCUACACCCCAUUUAGGAGCAAGCACCGGUGAGGCUCAAAUUCGUGUUGCUGUUGAAGUUUCUGAGCAAUUUAUAGCAUUAACUGGUAAAAGUAAAAAAUUUACAACAGUUCCAGGUGUUGUUAAUCAUGCUGUUAUGAAAAAUUUGAAAAUUAAUUAAGGAAUAAUAAUCACUUUAUAUAACUUGAUUCAAAUAAAGGUUUUUUAAAUUAA